GCCAGUAAGCGGAGUGAUUUGUUCGUUCGCCAUUGAUAUGCGCUGCUCGAUGCAUCUCUUUGGGCUGCUGCUCUGCACUCUGUUGCUGAUUGGCGAGUUGCAUGCCGCACCAGUUGGCGAUCAUCCGGAUCAUGCUGGUUGCAUACGUGUUACGAUCAUCAAACGUCCAUUGACCACAACGACAACAACAACAACAACGACGACGACGACAACAACAACAACAGCGGCUACAACUGUAGCAACUGUGGCGCCUGGCUAGGAACUUCUUAUACCAAUAAUUCACACACACACACACAUUUUAUUUUUGUUAAUGAUGAUCACAUGAAGUAUACGUGCGAUACAACAGCACACAAAAAAACAUAAGCCUAAUGCUCAUUUUGUUGUAUUUUGUACUUUUUGGUAUAUA